AUGCCAAGAAACGUAUAUGAAACUUUAAAGACAUAUUUCCUCAAGGUUAACAUCAACUGCCAAGGAUGUAAAAAUAGAGUGAAGAAAACACUUAGAAAAGUUGAAGGUGUUUACUCUGUUGACAUAGACACAGAUCAGCAAGCAGUGAUCGUUAGAGGGAACUUAGAUCCAGAGAUUUUGGUCAAGAAGUUGAACAGAAGAGGAAAGCAUGCAGAGCUCUUGUUCUUCAGCCUUAACCAUAAGGACCAGUUUGGUAAUCAUCAACCUGGUCUUAACCAUGACAACAGAAGCUUGAGGAACACACAAUACAAUUUUGGAAGCAAUCACUUGAACAAUGUCCCAAGUUAUGAAAGGCAGAGUCUUAAUCAUCCUAGUGACGAAGAGAUGAUGAUGAUGAUGAUGGCGAACAACAUGAAGCCUGUGAUGAUGAACGAUGCUGAUUACUUUCAGAUGAGCAAUUCACCUGAAGAUUUCCAAGAGAUAUUUGGUGAAGUACCACGAAGACACAACUAUGAAGAGAUGAAUCAAAAUCUGAUGAGGGACAUGGAGCUUGGAUAUUCUAACGCAUACCCUGCAGCAGAAACAAUGAAUAUGCAGGUUGGAGGAAGAUCAGAUAAUAUAAUGAUGAUGAAUGAGAGAGGUUUCCGAGGUCAGAUGAUGAAUGGUGCAUCUCCAAAUCCUCCGUUUAUCAAUCAGGAACAAUUCAGCUCAAGGCAACUUAAUGGGUUUUACUACUGA